AUGCAAGAAGAGCAGGACCAAGAGAGUAGCGUGAGAGAUGGAAUUAGAAUUAGAAGCAGUACUACUAAGGGAGAGGCGUGUGAAGAGUUUAGACAAUAUAUGUAUUGCAUAUUCGCUAAUUUUUGCUUAGCAGGUUACAACAUAGUCUCCAAGAUCUCUCUCGACAAAGGCAUGAGUCGUUAUGUGCUUGUUGCCUAUGGACAUGCUUUCGGAACUCUUGCUACUGCUCUUUUCGCAUUUCUCUUCGAAAGGAACAAUAACAGCAAACUAAGCAUAGCAAUCUUAAGAAAUGUCUUCUUCUUGGGUCUCCUGGGACCUGUGCUUGGGAGGACGCUGUUUUUCGCAGGACUGGAAUACACUUCUCCAGCUUUUGCAUCUGCGUUGGGCAACUUAAUUCCAUCGAUCACCUUUAUCUUGGCCGUUUUGUGCAGGAUGGAGAAAGUAGACAUCUCCAAGCGUGGUUCUCAGGCCAAGAUAUUGGGAACCAUCAUUGCCUUUGGAGGAGCAACACUGAUGACCCUAUACAAGGGUCUCACUUUGAUUUCUUUUCAUUCUCAGCGCUCGCAUCAACCGACCACCGGAUCGAGAUCAGUACUUUUAGACAAGGAUUCAAUUAAGGGCUCCUUGAUGCUUCUAGUUUCAUACAUUUCAUUGUCAGCAUUCUACAUUUUACAGACAAUUACAAUCAAAAUGUAUCCGGCACCAAUAACUCUCACAUCAUUAACUUGUUUAUCGGGUGCUGUUCUCUCCACAAUCAUGACAGAAAUUCUGGAUCAUAAAGCUUCCUCAUGGAAGUUGUCAUGGAACAUCACCCUUCUUGCUCCCAUCUAUAGUGGGAUUAUGAUAUUUGGAAUUACAGUUUAUGUUCAAACGUUGGUAGUAAGAAAGAAGGGUCCAGUCUUCAUGACAGCGUUUAGACCAUUGGCCACAAUAAUUGUAGCCAUUAUGGGACUGCUCAUUUUAGGAAAUGCUUUAUAUAUGGGAAGUAUUAUUGGAGCUACAUUGAUAUUUCUUGGUCUGUACGCCACUCUAUGGGGAAAAGAAAAAGAGAGAGCAGAGAAGCUGUUCCAGCAAACCAUAUCUGAAGAAGUUAUUGAAAUUAAGGAAGUAAAACAAUAG